AGAAAAAACAGACUUAGAUAAAUGGAUGACGAAUUAUGAAUACUUUGACGAUAGUCAAUUGGAAGAUGAUACUAUAGAUAGUCAGUGGAGCCAUAACUAUGGAACACCAGAUCCGACCGCGAGACUAAAACAGGUUACGGUGUUGAAGAUUUAAUAUCGGCCAUGUUCAAAGUUUGGCUUUAUAAAGGGGACGUCUUUUUAGUUGGAUGCACAAAUGUUGGGAAAAGUUCACUUUUCAAUGCUUUACUACAGUCAGACUACUGUAAGGUUCAUGCAGUAGAUAUAAUCAAAAGAGCUACUGUUAGCAGAUGGCCUGGGACAACGUUGAAUCUGCUAAAAUUCCCUAUUAACAGACCAUCUGGAUGGAAGAUGUAUGAGCGAGCGAACCGGUUAAGAUCGCAGUCCAAACUCAUGAAGAUAGAAAAGGAGAUAAGAAAAGCACAGUUGGAGGGGCAGACGAUCCGCGAGAUGCCAUCUUUGAUAGGCCAUAUUGGUAGAACGUUUUCAGAUCCAAUGGAUUUUGAAGACAGCAUAGAGGGCAAUAUAGCUGAUAAGAAGCGAAGGAUGAUGGUUUUAGAUGAGAAAGACAAGUUAUUCGCCAAUAGCAAAUGGUUUUAUGAUACACCAGGAGUACUGCAUCCGGACCAAGCGUUGUCCCUCCUAACUACAGAAGAGUUAUUAGCUACCAUACCUAAGAGAUUGAUACGACCGCAGACUUAUUAUUUGAGUAAGGGCUCAACUAUCUUCGUGGCCGGACUUGCGAGAGUGGAUCUGACAGAUUGCGAGAAUCCGUGUCGCUUGACAAUCUUCUGUUCUGAUCAAUUGCCUAUCACUGUGACGAAAACUGAAGACGCUGACGAGGUGUAUAAUACGUUUUUGGGUACGGAAUUGCUCGCGGUACCAUCAGGAGGGACCGAGAGAUUAAAAAAUUGGCCCAACAUGGAGAAAAAAGUUUUGGAGUUUACAGGAGAAGGCCCUAAGAUCUGCUGUGGUGACAUACUACUAUCAUCAAUAGCCUGGGUGUCUGUGACUGCGAAGAAGGGUGAUAUUUGCAUGGCAACGGCAUGGACGCCUGAAGGCAAAGGUAUAUUUAGGCGAUAUCCUUCAUUACUGCCAUAUUCAAUAAACCUGAAGUGUAAAAGAUUGAGAGAUACGCCGGCGUAUAUGAUAGGGAAAAUAUUUUCUGAUAAAGAUAAUGUACAAAGUUAAAAACUGACUAGGUCAGAAUCUUAAUACAACACCUACUUUUAGUAAGGGAAAAUCCUUUACUCUAUAUAGUAUCAGAUGGAUAUGCCCAGAUUAUUAGACCUAGAACUUUUGAUAGCUAAAACGAGAGAUUGAAAAAAUUAAAUAUCGACAUAACAGUUAUCGAUACGUAUAUAUCUACGUUAACUCUAUAGAGAUCAACAUACUGCCGAAUCCGACACAAGACCAGACGAUUCAACGGAGCCACGCCAUUUUGUCGCCUUAAUAGUGUUUAGUUUUUAAGUUUAUAAAAUGCAUAUAUAUGUUAGUUUGUAAGGUAUUUGUAUUCAUAUUCAUAUUUAUUUAUUGUAUCCAUGGUACACAGGUGUUACAUAUAUAAUAGUUUCACAUGGGCCCUGGUAGGGCAAGGCAAUUAUCUUAAAUCUAAAGAUUAAUUUAUAUAUGUACAAUAUAUUUGACAGUGUCUUAUUUAACUUUUAAUAAUUUCAUAGUUGUAUUAUAUAAUAUAUAGUUAUUUCUAAAGUCAAUAACUGAUUUUAUUUUACCAAAAUUUAUAAAAUUAAAAUCAAAUAUACAAUAAUAAUAUAUAUACAUGCUUAAAACGAUUGUAAGUUUAUGUCAAAAAUAUCGAUACCUAUAUAAUGUCAAUUUCAAGCUUAAAUUAAAAAUUGUAAAAUGAGACAUGUCCAAUAAAUACACUAAACUACAAAAGAAUUACAUUUCAUCUUCCAAAAAAUCUUUAAGCCUAUAAUAACACUUAUUAAUUAAAAAGUCCUUUAACUGCUUAUUGAAUAGCGUUUCUGAUAUCUGCAAUUUAAUGUCGUCGCUGAUUUUAUUAUAAUUUUUGAUGGCCAUCAUGUUUGGGCUUGAUUUAUGUAGCUUUAGUACAGAACUUGUCGGUGGCGCCAGGUUAUUCUUAAAUCUACUUUCAAAACGUCGAGGACGUAAUAUGGGUCUUGUUGCCCGAUUUAAAUCGAAAUAGUAGUAUGUAGCCUAUUUUUAAUAUAUUGGUAAUUUUGGGUUAUUACCACCAAGUUCUUAUCAUUGGUAUUUUUUUCCCACCUUUUACCACUGGUAACUAUUAGGAAAAAAAAUUACCAUUGGUAAAAAAAUUCCCAGUAGUUACCACUGGCAACUAGUGGGAAUAACCCGUAAUUUCUAAUGAAAUUAAUGUAGGUGUUCGGUGUUUGUUUUCAUAGUCAGGUACAAUAGGGAAAAUAUAUAUGUCGAUUUGCAUUUGAUUUAUAUUCUUGUAACAUUUCGAUGAGUUAUGACUCAUUCGGCGAACAAACCCACGUAGCGGCGUGGCGCCGGGCGGCACGAAACCUUGUAUCACGGUUCACGGUGUAGUAUAGGCAAUCCGCCUAGACUUCGUACACGACGCCUCGCCUCUGCCUUACCGCGCGGUGCACCGCCUUCGCCUUGUUAUGUAAUUUUGCUUUGAUUUAUCGGAAAGAGAGCUGAAUGUUA